AAUAAUCAAACACACCCCUCUUCAAAUUGAGCAACCGCUAGAAGAACUAUGUGCUGUUGCCUGCUAACGUUAGUUAGUUUGCAAAACUAGUAAGUUAGCAACCACCGGGAAACCUCUAUUGCGCAAUGAUGGGUUAAUACAAGGGGAUUUGAUUGGAUAACGUUAAUGUUCUGUGGACACACAUUAACUAACGUUACAGCUGUGGCUUAAACUUAACUCUACUUUGUCGCCAUGUCUUCCAGAAAGCGUAAAAGAUACUACAAGGAUAUAAAGUGUGUUUUCUUUCCGGACGAUGUCAAAAAUGGUUUACCAAAAGUGGGAAGAGAGCCACCAUCACUUUCAUCUGUGUCUUCCGCCAAGAGCUGGGAGAAGUGUGGAGACAGUUUUCUGGACACUCCAGUGAUUCAGAACCUCAAGUCAUCAGGAAGGAAACUCUCUGACAUAAGAAGGUUGGCUCAGUCCCCUGCUUUAGUCCAGACCAGUGCUGUUCACUGUAAUGAGGACCCAGUGCACAUUGCGUGGAGCUCCAGUGACGGUGAACAGUCUGAUGAUGAGAACCAGAAGCAGCAUCUCUCCAGAGUUGCGGCUCAACAGCAACAACAUCCUCAGAGACCAGUGAGACCCACAGCUCCCAUACAGUCUUACACAAGAGUGCUGCACAUGCUCAGCACUGAUAAAGAUGACCUUCCUCUUAUUGACACAGACAGUGAUCUGGAUGAAUGUGAUGCUGAAAAGGACAGCGGGCAACAAAUCUCUGACUGUGAGUCGGAGUCCUUUGACGAAAAGCCAGAAGAUUUACCUCUUAAACCUACAAAUAUGACAGAGCUAGAGAUCUCAGGUUACGUGUCUGAUGGCGAGAGUAUUGAUGGCACAGUGACUUUGAGUAGACCGGACUCUCCUCUCCAAACUGGUGAGGGCAGCAAAAGGUCAAUCAGUGACUGGGUCAGAUCUGCUCAGGCGAUGCUGCAGACGCCUCAGAAACCGCAGUCCAAGAUGCUGACCAAGACUCCUGAAGACUCCGCCAAAAAGAAAAGGAAAUUUCAAAGUGGAGGUCUGGCGGAGAGGCUGAAUCGACUCCAGUGCAGACAGAGGUCAGCUGUUAGCUUCUGGAGGCACCAGUCCAUCUCCGACACCUCAACAACAGUGGACAGGCCUGGCGUGCUGGUGCUGGAGGUGCUGGAGAUUCAGGAGGAGUGCAGCAUGCAACUGGCACACUGUGAGCACCACCGGCCUCCCGGAGAGGGCCACCAACACAGUAACCCUCUCUCUGAGUCAAAAGCUUGUAUGCUGGUGUUGUUCAACAGAGAGACUGCUGCCCAGCUGACUCCUGCACCCAGAGAUAUCAUCCACAUAUACCCGCCAUGGCAAAGUCUUUCCAUAGAGGGUUUCAGCUGUGACAUUAUUCUGAACACACACUUCAGCCAGAAAGUCUACUCUGCUACCAAACCAGCCAACAUGUCCAUGCCUAGAGGCCUGCUCUCAGCAAAAAGGUGCCAUCCGUAUUCUUUGUGCAAGAUAUUUGGACUACUGGAGGAAUGCAGGACCACAGAGGGGAUCAAUGCCAAACACGUGCGGGAUAUGAACUCUACUGUUUACUCUCAGGGCUGGUACAGGGCUGUGUCUGGACUUGAUACACAGCAGCUCACUGCCUCACAACUCUGUGGGCCAAAGGUCUUUUCUGUCAGCAGCAGCAGCAGCCUGUCAAACCAGUCACCAACAUUACACUUCCAAAUGCUCUGUGUGCUUGUCCAGGAUAGUUACGGGAUGUUCAGCGUGGUCCAACUCGACCUCCUGCCCUACAAGGACGACCUCCAGCAGUACUGCCGCAUGUGGCAGGGGAGGACCUGCUUGCUGAGAGGCAUUAAAGUGGUGCAGCGGGUCACUCGAGAAAGGAACACCAGGCUUUUCAGCUUGAUAGACAGUCUGUGGCCCCCAGUGAUGCCUCUUAAAGACCAUGGAAACACACCUAGUAUGUCCAGUGAAGGUAAACCUGCAGGUCCAGCUCCGAGUUUCUGCUACCUGCUGUCUGGUCAAGAGAGCUCAGUUGAACCCACUCAGGAGCAGAUCGUUUCCCCGCUUUACCUUCCUCCCACAAAACAAAACUUGCGAGACAUACUGCAGAGUGAGCUUAAAACCUGCUGCUUCAGUUUUGUUGCCACUGUUCUAUACAAGAGAAUAAUGCAGAGCAGUGAUGUAGGACAGGGUGAGGUUUGGUUGGUGCUGACAGACCCCAGUCUUCAGGAGGAGCAGCUCGAGAGGCCAUGCAGGCGAACGGUGGCCCUUUGUGUGAGCACUUCCUGUGUGCUCACUUCCUCGGUCCUCGAAGCACUAAAUUCCCCCGCUGCCUGUCGCGUGUCAUUCAGAGAUGCCAUCAGAGAACAUGGUGUUCUCCUGUGUGUGGAGCAGUCAGUUGUUGAGAUGUGCUCUGUGGAGCCUGAGGGCAAUCUCAAGUCGUCAGCCAGACCAGAGUCACUGUCUGAGCCUCAGGCAAAGACCCUGCCCCAACCUGUGAGACUGGAUUCCCUGAGUCCUGAGAUCACACCCAACUCCAUCUGCUCUCUCUCAGGGAUGAUAGUUGGUGUGGAUGAGAACACAGCUUAUUCCUGGCCUGCCUGCAACCACUGUGGAAGUGACAACUUAGAGAUGUUGGCUGAAAGACCUCAGAACUUCCACUGUGUUUCUUGUAAGUCGGUGGUGGACAAGCCGGACACAAGGAUUCAACUGGAAGUGCUCCUAACUUCUUCAUUAAGUAAUUGCACUUUGAAGGUUAAGCUGCAGCAAAAGACGAUCAUGUCCAUCAUAAACACUGCAGCGCUGGAGGGUAAUGAGGUGGCGGAGCUGUUCCUAAUCUUGCAAAUACAGUAUUAUUUGCAUUGUAUGCAUUCAUGCUCUUUACCAGGGGAACUCUUCCCAGGUUACGAUGUGGAGAAUGUCCUGGGAAAAGAGGUGGGCCCCCUCGCCGCUUAUGUCCGAGUCGUCACCAGGAAACCUGCCCUCUGGAUCGGCCUGGAAGAAAUCUGCCUCUGAGGCUGUCAGAGCAAGUAGGCUAGCUAAUGAUAUCAAUCCACAGGCUUCAGUUGGCUCCAAGGAUCUGCACACUAGGCCUUGGUCUGAGCUAGUUCAGCCCCCCUGAAGGCCUCCCUGACAGCUUGAGGCUGUACUGAAGUGAACGGGUUGUAAGAAGACAAGGUCUUGUUUGUGUUAAUGAUAUGUGAUCCUGUGGACCAGGAGUUGACAGCCCAAGGGUAGACCAGUGGCAUGCAAUCUGUCAAAGCAGCCCACGUCGUUUAUAAACUGGGACUUUUGGCUGUAAAUACAUUUAAGUGGUCUAAAAACUUUUCCCAACUCCUCUACUUUAUUUAAGAUUACUGACAAGUCAAUAAAAGUUGUAUUUUUGCUGA